GACAGUGCUGAAAAACGCACGAUCCCUUUGUUUUUUUAUUUCAUAUAAAAACACGUGUGGUUUGGUUUGAUCGUGUUCAAAUAUACGAUUUGAUUUAUAAACAAGGCACACGACAUUCUUGAGACACCAUGCCAAAGGUACGCAGCACCCCGGGUAAGCCCCGGACGCAGGGAUUCAACCACUCAAACCACUCCAUGAAUCCGGAGCGCCCCAAAAGCGGUCUCAAGGGAGUCGCCCACCCCCGCACUAAGGGCACCAUCAAGCGGCUUCAGAUGUACCGUAACUUCAAGGCCAAGCGCGAUCGCACUGGAAAGAUCCUCACGCCCGCCCCCUUCCAGGGGCGCCUGCCUGCUGGAACAAUGGCUCGAGUUGAGCCUACGCCCAAGUGGUUUAGCAAUUCCCGCGUUAUCUCGCAAACUGCUUUGCAAAAGUUCCAGGAUGAGAUUGGCAAGGCUGUCAAGGAUCCCUACCAGGUGAUCAUGAAGCCAUCCCAGUUACCGGUAACUUUACUGAACGAGGCAGCAAAAUACAAAAGGGUUCAUUUGCUGGACACCGAGAGCUUCGACAGUACCUUUGGGCCCAAAAAGCAGCGCAAGCGCGUCAGCCUAAAGGUUCGCGAUCUGGAAGAUUUAAGCAAGGCGGCCGAUGACCAGGCCGAUAAGUACGAUUCAGCUAAGGAUUUAGAUCUAAUCCGCGAGGAUACUGGCGAAAAGAAGGCCGUCCGUGAUUGGGUGUUCGGUGCGGGGCAGAGUAAACGCAUCUGGAACGAGUUGCACAAGGUGGUCGAUGCGUCCGAUGUGCUGCUUCAGGUUCUUGAUGCCCGCGAUCCCAUGGGCACGCGCUCGAAGUACAUUGAGGAGUUCUUGCGCAAGGAAAAACCGCACAAACAUCUAUUUUUCAUUCUGAACAAGGUUGAUCUGGUACCGGUGUGGGUAACGCAGCGUUGGGUGGCUAUUCUUAGUGCCGAAUAUCCUACUAUUGCCUUCCAUGCCUCCCUACAACAUCCUUUUGGAAAAGGUGCGCUCAUCAAUCUAUUCCGUCAGUUGGGCAAACUGCAUUUGGACAAAAAACAGAUCAGCGUGGGCUUCAUUGGGUAUCCCAACGUGGGUAAAUCUUCUGUUAUUAAUGCGCUACGAUCAAAAAAGGUUUGCAAGGUAGCACCAAUUGCGGGGGAGACGAAAGUAUGGCAGUAUAUAACGCUAAUGAAACGCAUCUUCUUGAUCGAUUGUCCUGGCGUGGUGUAUCCCACCGCGGAGACUGACACCGAGAAAGUGUUGAAGGGUGUGGUGCGGGUGGAGCUCGUCACAAAUCCUGAAGAUUACGUAGACUCUCUGCUGAAACGCGUGCGUCCGGAGUACAUUUCAAAGAACUACAAAAUUGAACACUGGAACACAUCCACGCACUUUUUAGAACAGUUGGCUCAAAAGACCGGCAAGUUGCUAAAAGGCGGUGAACCGGACGUUACGGUAACAGCCCGUAUGGUGCUUAACGAUUGGCAACGAGGCAAACUUCCUUUCUACGUUCCACCCGAAGGAUUCGCAGUUCCCAAAUCCCAGGAGGGUAAGGAGGAGGAAGUAGUUGCAGAGGAUCCCAACGAAGAUGCUAAAUCCGAGGCACCUACAUUCGUCAGUGAGUCUGUAAAGAAGGCGCGCGAGUUUAAGCAGAUCCAAGAUUUUCGAAAAAUACGCGUGGGUCUUGAGUAUGAGCAGGAAGAUGUGAAGGAUCUUGAUCACAUAGAUCUAGAGCUUUUAGAGCAACAGAAGGCCGAGCGUGCGGCAAAGAAAAAGGCUCGCAUCCACAACCUCGGUGAAGAGGACGAGGAGUCUAGCGAUGGAGCGGACGAGUUUUACUCGGAGGACGAGUACAAUGAGGACUUGCAACGCGUUGUGCACAAGAAGGCCAAGUCAAAGAAGCCACAACAGCUGGCCAUCACAUCGUCUGGUAAAUUCCGAGUGGCCAAAAUACAACCUGGUGAUUCGGAUGGUGCUGGCAGCUCUGACGACGAUGGACCCAGCACUUCAAAGGCUCCUCGGUUGACUGCAAAGCAAAAACGCUCCCUGGAGCGCAGUCAGAAACGCAAGAAGAUUGGCAGCAACUUUUACGAGACGACAAAUGUUAAGAAUCGCAAUAGAAACAAAAAGAAGGACGCGUAAAAUAUUACGUUUACACUCUAGGCUAUAUUUUCUUGCAAGGAAAAACUACACUUUAAGAAUCCAAAUAAAAAGUUGAUCCU